GUUGAGCUUCUCUAUUAAAUCUGACCCGCGACCCGUAUUAUAUCUGAUAGUUUAGGCGGGAAAAGUGGCCAAAAUUCCACCUCUUUUUAUAUAGAGCUUCUCUUUUCUCGCAGGUGGUACGGUGUUCUCCACUUUUCUUGCUAAGGACGACGGUGAAGCUUCUCUCGCACCAUGGGAGAUGUUAACGAUGACGAUUUUUGGACUUUCUGGGAUGCAACUGCUGGAGGCGGAGACGACGGAGCUCACCAAACCGAAGGAACGCCGGUAGUAGCUGGAGAAGGUGACAGACAGACCUCCACAACUGCAGAACUUGAAGGACAGACCUCUGCAGCUCACCAAACUGAAAAGGAUGACGGAAACAAGGCCCGGACUGGAGAAGGUGAUGGACCGACGUUGGAGGCUUCCAUGGAUGUCGCAUAUGAACUGGGUAGGCCUUCAUCUUGUUUGUAUUUCGUUCCUCUGGGUGUUGCAGAUUGGUCAUGUUUGUUUGUGUAGUGUAUGAAACUUUGUCUGUGUAUGUUGGAAGAAGUGAACAAAUUUGUAUGUGAAAUAGUUUAAGAUGUCUGUAUUUACGUAUACUGUCUGUGUGUAG